AUUAGCGGGCAACACUGCUCGUCGCGGCUGUUCAAUUUUAUCGUGCAGUUCAUUCGUGUGGCAAAAAUAACAUUUAUUUUUAGUUCGUGUGUCUAUUUUGUUGAAAUCUAGUUUGAUUUGUACAAAGUAGUAAUAAAUUUACGCAUCUACCGUCAUGGUGACAAAACCAAGCAAUAGGUUUUAAAUCACACUGCUUUUUUGCAGCUGACUGAAGACUUUUGCGCGUUAUUCUGAUUAUUAACUAAUUUCCUGGUGUUUCUCUUCGUAUAACUCAAAGGCCCGUGAUCCAAGAUGGCGGAAGCGCACUCCGCCGUGGCGUUUUCGUUCGCGAUCACGCACGACGGCUGGGACGUGAACUUCGACCGGGAGGUGCUGUACCUGGUGUGGGAGUCGGGCGUCAGGUCCUGGAAGAAGCGCCUGGCUAGGUUCCGGAACAGCGUCCACAAUGGCGUGUACCCGGGUCACCUGCAGUCCCUCUAUGUGCUGUGGUCCAUGCUGGUGGCUGCCCACUUCUCCGGGCUGAACAUCAUACCCUUCGGCCUGGUGGGGAAGGCCAUGGCUAUACUGCCCGGGGAGACGGCGGUAUGGCAGGUGGCGGCGUGCCUCAUAGCGGCUCUCACCAUGUGGCUCUCGGUGAUCUUCCUCAUGCGGUAUAUGCUCAAAAUGCUGCUUAUGUACAAGGGUUGGAUGUACGAGUCCCGGGUCCCAGGCGCCAAGAUCUCGCUCAAGACCAAGCUGUGGGUGAGCGUGGUGAAGGUGCUGUCAGGAUGGAACAAGCCCAAGCUGUACAGCUUCCAGGGCUCGCUGCCGAGACUGCCGCUGCCGAAGGUCAAGGAUACCAUGCGACGGUACCUGGUGAGCGUGCGGCCCCUCCUCGACGACGACAACUACGCUCGCGUGGAGAAGAAGGCGCGCGAGUUCGAGCAGACCAUCGCGGUGAAGCUGCAGAGAUACCUGGUGCUCAAGAGCUGGUGGUCAAGCAACUACGUGUCCGACUGGUGGGAAGAGUACGUGUACCUCCGCGGUCGUUCACCCCUGAUGGUCAACUCCAACUUCUACGGCAUCGACACGAUCUGCAGCAAGAGCACGAGGAAGCAGGCGGCGCGAGCGGCCGUGGUAGUGCACCUGUGUCUGCAGUUCCGCCGGCUGAUUGACAGGCAGGAGCUGGAGCCGAUAAUGCUCCAAAACAUGGUCCCCCUCUGUUCGUGGCAGUACGAGCGUCUGUUCAACACGGUCCGAGUGCCGGGCGUGGAGACCGACAAGAUAGUCCACUACCACGACUCCAACCACAUCACGGUGUUCCACAGGGGGCGGUACUACAAGGUCGUGGUGUAUUCGAGAGGACGCAUGCUGAAGCCCGCUGAGAUUCAAGUACAAAUGGAGGCCAUCCUAAACGACCCAUCCCCGCCCUGCCCUAACGAGGAGCGUCUCGCGGCCUUCACUGCCGGAGAGCGAAGCCACUGGGCGCACGCGCGGCAGACGCUGUUCAACCGAGGCCACAACCGCACCUCGCUGCAUUGCAUCGAGCGAGCCGCCUUCAACGUGUGUCUAGACGACGUAGAGUACCGUAUCGACGAGAACCCCAAGAACCUGGAGCCGGUGGGGCGGCUGCUGCUGCACGGGAACGGCCACGACCGCUGGUUCGACAAGUCCUUCAACCUGUGCUUCAGUACGGAUGGCUUUGUCGGCUUCAACGCGGAACAUACUUGGGCGGAUGCGCCAGUCAUGGGUCACUUGUGGGAAUACGUUAUCUGGACAGAAUUGGAAGGCAGCUACAACUCAAAAGGCGACGCGCUGGGCACAGUGGAAACCCCCCCGCCGCCCCCCACCCGCCUGCAGUGGGAGCUGCAGAGUGAACCCCUGGUGAAGGCUCUGGACACUUCGUACGAGGUCAGCCAGAAGAUACUCAACGAUGUGGAUCUGAGGAUACUCAUGUAUACCAAGUAUGGGAAAGGCUUCAUGAAGAAAUGCCGCACCUCGCCCGACGGAUUCAUUCAGCUGAUCCUGCAGUUGUCCUACUACCGGGACGCCGGCCGGUUCUGCCUCACGUACGAGGCGUCUAUGACCCGGAUGUUCAGGGAGGGACGCACGGAGACUGUGAGACCUUGCACUAUUGAGAGUGCCGAGUGGGUUAAAGCGAUGGUGGACCCUAAAGUGUCGGUAGAAGACCGCAUGCGUCUAUUCCGCGCAGCCACCCACCGGCACCAGCUCGGCUACCAGGACGCCAUGUGCGGGCAGGGCAUCGACCGCCACCUGUUCUGUCUCUACGUGGUCUCCAAGUAUCUGGAGCUGGACUCGCCCUUCCUGCAGGAGGUGUUCAACGAGCCGUGGCGGCUGUCCACGAGCCAGACGCCGCAUGGUCAAACCAGCAAGCUGGACCUGAAGAACCACCCCGAGUGCAUAUCGGCGGGCGGGGGCUUCGGCCCAGUCGCAGACGACGGCUACGGAGUCUCCUACAUCAUAGCCGGGGACGACACGCUCUUCUUCCACGUGUCUUGCAAUAAGACCUGCCCGAAGACUAGUGCAUCGAACUUCGUGAAGGAAAUAGAACGGUCUCUAGCGGACGUCAAGGAGAUGUUCCUCACUUACAACAAGCUACAGGAGAAGAAGGCCUAGCUCCGGCCUAUCUCCGCCACCGCUACUUAAUACGGAGUUGUCCUACUACUCACGUUAUACCUACUACAUAGUCGUCAGUCCGAUGUAGACUGCAGGAUAUCCCUAUACAUAAUUAUACAGGCCUCGCGCUAAACUCCCCAACUUUUUACCGUAUGUACAAUAACUGGAAUCGUCAAUAAUCGUAGUAUUUUAAAUCGAGAGCUUAGAUACUGUAAUCAAGUGACUUUAUAAACGUCUUUCCAAGCAAACACGUUAUUUUACGAGGAAUUUUAUAUCAAUCAAAUGCAUCAAAAUGUUUGUACAAACAUAGUAUAGUAUUCAAUUUUAUUUGUAUGUUAUUUUGUACAUGUUUUUCCGAUGUAGUUUGCGCGUGCAACAAACACACAGUGUUAUAAGUUUUAAAGAUUGUUAAGUAGAAGUGAAGUAAUAUAAUUUUGGUGUAGCUGUAAUUGUAGGCAAAUACUAAUACUAGGUUAAAUGCAAUUGAUUGUUGUUGUUAUUUGUAGUUUAUAUCGCGUUAUUGUGUAGCAGGACUCGGAAUAUAGGAUAAACCAAGGCAUCCCAAGCCUCUCAGAUGCAUAAAAAUAUAGCAUUUACUCUUUUUUAAAUGUGUGUCGUGAAACUCAGUUCAAGUUUUUAUUAUGACUGUACGAAUGUCGAAAAAAAUACACAUACAUAUAUAAAAUAUUUAAACCAAUUCAAAUCUUAUCUUAAAUACCAAAUAGGUGUUUGUUAUUAGUGAAAUAUAUAACGUUUCUAUUAUAUUAUACAAUGUAUAGCCCUGAGAAUAUUGAAGUUUUUUGUGUGGCUUGUGGUCCACUGUAGAUUGAAGUGUUUAAAAUGAAACUUAUUAUAAAUCUGUAAUCGCAUACGAACAAUUUGUAAUACAUAAGAUUAUUCUAGAGGAACAAAUCAAAACAAACAGUCCGACUCUAGAAUAAUUUGAACUUUAUAUCUUUACGUGAAGGACCACAUUCACAUUUCGAGUUGUGUUUACGAUUAUGCGUUUAAUUUAAUUAACUUUAGUAUUUUAAGAGUAAACUCCACGCAACUGGUUCUAGUUAUUUAACAAGUAGGCUUAUUUAAAUUAGUUUUGCUCAUUUAUUUUAUUUGUUAAUAUUUACACACUUAUUAAGCUAUAAUUUAUAUAUGUUAUUGCAAAAUCAACACGAAAAAUACAUUUGAUAAGUGUAAAUAAUCGAAUUGAAGUUUUUGUUAAGUUAUUUUGAAAAGAGCAUCAAUUUUAUUACUGUUGUUGGUUUUUAUGCGGUACUAAUACUAUAUUAUUAUUAUAUUAAAUCUAUAUCGUAAAUUAUCAUAAAAUGUACCAUCUGUUAGCUAAAAGUCUUUGCUAAAUUAUAAUUAUUGAAAAGUUUACCUCUGUGAACAAGUUCAUAAGUCUUCUUUUUUCAAUGAAUUUUUCUGAGCCUACGGUUACUAUAUUUUUACUUAAGAAAUAUUGUGUAGAUAAGUAUAUAUUAAAUAUAUUUUUUAUAUUUAUUAUAAUAAUUAUGUAUCAGCAAUUUUUUAUGUAUAAAUUAUGUAGUCUAUUUGUUUAAGUACUUAAUUAAAUGGAGUCGAUAUUUUAUGACGUGUUAUAACGAAAACUUCUAGCCAUAAUACACAUUUGGUGCAUGUUUGUAUAUUUUUUACCUUUAGUUGUUUACCUAAACAAAUAUACUAUAGUCACAACUGAAUCAAGAUGUGCACCUUAACAGAACUGGUUUUUAUGCAUUUUCAUGUAAAUCGAAUUAAAAAAUAAAUUAAAUAUAAUUACAGUUUUUAUAUAAUUAUAAACAGUUAUAGUGUAACAAUUUUAUCUCACGUUUUUAAGAGUUCUUUACUAGUUUUAUAUUUACUUGUGUUUGAUGUUAUGUAUAUUGCUGCACAUUAUUUAUACUUUUUGAUAGUGGAAGGUUGUCUGUCUUUCUUUACUUAUUCUUAACUAACACAAUACUCAAAAAUAUGAACCUAAACAUAUAUUACCUACCUAAAGAAAUUAAACUCAACUUUAAAUAUUCCAAAGUGAACUAAAUAUUGAAAUAUUCUUUCCUAAAGCUCAAUUUAUUUCUUUAGAUACAUUUUGGUAAACGGCCCAGGCAACCUUUUCGUUUGUAUGUAAUGUUUAUACUUAAAUGCAUUUUUGAUUACUUUACAAAAUAUAAAUUUCUACGACCUCAGUAAAAAGGGAAAUAAAUGAAAAACAUGGUUUCGAAUUAUAAAUUAAUUUUUCGAGUUAUAUCCCCCUAUUAUUGAGGUCAUUUUGAUACGAAAAAGAAAUGUAAAACUUUCCUAAUUACUUAUACAUAAAACUGAAAAUGCUAAAGUACAAAUUAUAUAAUUGCCUUGUUCUGUCCUAACUUAUGUUCUGUCUUUAUCAUGAAUAAAAUAGAUAACUGAAUGCAUGGUUCUAAAAACCAACCUCAGACCAUUACAUUUUAACUUGAUUUUGCACUCAAAACAUGCGUAUUGCUGUAGAAAAUGUUUUACAUCAGUAAAAGAGGUUUUAAAAUGUUAAUUCGAUUAAAAUCAUGAAUAUUAUUUACCGAAUAAUGGUGUUUUUUAGCAAUAUUUGAUAAAUCCACUGUAAAUAAAAAUAUUGUAUUCUGAA